UGGCUUUAAAUGAGGAGGUCGGACUACUCGGUCGCGUGCGAGUGGAGGGAGUGUUUGUGGACUGUAGUGGAAAGAGCGCUCCUCUAGAAAUUGUGACAGUCGCACAGAGGCAGGACGCUUUCUUUGAUAUUUCUCUCUCCACCUCUAUUUCUCUUACAUCUCCAAUCUCUGUCGGAGGAAGAAAAACCUUUAAAAGAACUGUUGGAGAAGUGUCAGUCAGUCAGCAGGAUGCACCGGCACAGUGGAGGCCAUGGAGGAGGAGGUCCUCAGGAGGUGGAGCUAACAGACGAAGAGAAGGAGAUCAUCAACAGUGUUCUGGCUCGGGCUGAGACCAUGGAGGUCAUGGAGCAGGAGAGGAUUGGGCGUUUUGCCACUAGGUUGGACAGUAUGAAGAAGACAGCAUGUGGAGAUGGUCAGUCUCGCUGUCUGCUGUGUGGACAGACGUUUGGCCAGCAGGGAGUCAACUCCGUACUCUGUUCCCACUGCAAGAAGCAUAUGUGCAGUAAGUGUGGGAUUCAGAACAACAGCGGGCCGUCAUGUCCUGUGUGGGUCUGUAGGAUCUGCAGCGAACACAAAGAGAUGUUGAAGCGUUCUGGAGCGUGGUUCUUUAAGGGCCAACCCCAGCAGGUCCUCCCUGCUCCCCUGCCCAUCUCCAGGCCCAGAGGGACGGGUAGAGAGAGCCCCCGUACCCCGAACCCUACCCAUCACCAGCCCAGUACCCAGCCAUAUGCCCGUACCCAGACCCAGCCCAUCUACCAGCCAGACGCUGGUGCCCAGGACUGCACAGAGCAGCAGGAGCCGCAGGGUAACUGCUGCUCCAACACAGAGAACCAAGAGCCCACUGAUGAGACCCCGUACUCAAACUCAGAGCAACAGGACCCAGAGGGGUAUAGCUCUGCUCAGACACUAGGGGGCGUUGCUGUGCAGGAAGAGGUGGUGAAGAGCCAGUCUAAGUUAGGCUCCAGACCUCCCACAGCCAGGGGGAGAGAGAACACGCCAGCUCCAGCUGACACAGUCACACCAAAGGCCCCUGCUCCCGAGGAGAGCAGACAUCCUCACCAGAGGGAGGAUAGAGCCCCAACUCUCGUCGGGGAGGAGAAACCCACUCCUGCCCCCAAACCCACCCUGGCAGCACGCCCAGCCCCCGCUCCUGUCGAGGACGACGACAACGAAUAUGACUCUGAUGAAUCCACCACCCUGGGGUUGCUGGAGUUCACUCUGCAUUAUGAACAGGAGAGCAAUGCGCUGCACUGCAACAUAGUCAAAGCCAAGGGCCUAAAGCCGAUGGACUCUAAUGGACUAGCAGACCCCUACGUCAAGCUGCACCUCUUACCUGGAGCCAGUAAGUCUAACAAGCUGCGUACUAAGACCCUGAAGGGCACUCUGAACCCAGUGUGGAAUGAGACUCUGGUGUACCAUGGUAUCACUGACGACGACAUGCAGCGCAAAACACUACGGCUGUCAGUGAGUGAUAUGGACAAGUUUGGGCACAAUGAGUUCAUCGGAGAGACGCGUGUUGCUCUGAAGAAACUCAAAGCCAACCAGAAGAAGAACUACAGCGUGUGUCUGGAGAGGGUGGUCCAGGUGAAGAAGGCAGGAACAGGAGGCUCAGCCCGGGGCAUGGCCCUCUACGAGGAGGAGGUAAAGGAGGAUGAAGCAGAGGAGAGGGGUCGUAUCCUGGUCUCUCUAACCUACAGUACCCAGCAGGGUCGUCUCAUAGUGGGAGUGGUGCGAUGUGCUCACCUGGCAGCUAUGGACUCUAAUGGAUACUCAGACCCCUUUGUCAAGAUCUUCCUGAAACCAGACAUGGGGAAGAAAGCCAAGAACAAGACUCAGAUCAAAAAGAAGACGCUGAACCCAGAGUUCAACGAGGAGUUCAGCUAUGAGAUCAAACAUGGUGAGCUGGCCAAGAAGAGCCUAGACAUCUCAGUCUGGGACUAUGACAUGGGAACAUCCAAUGAUUUCAUUGGAGGGUGCCAGCUGGGCAUCACAGCCAAGGGGGAAUGUCUGAAGCACUGGUACGAAUGUCUGAAGAACAAAGACAAGAAGAUAGAGCGCUGGCACGUCCUCCUAGAUGACAACACCGUUAAAGACACGGACGACUAAGACACAACCUCUUCUUCCUCUUCUCCUCCUCCUCCUCCCUAGAUUCAUCCACCCCAGGCUGUUUCUAUCUUCCUCUCAAAUAUAUUAUUUUGUCUUCCAUAAUCUAGGUCUUCAUACUUUUAGUAAUGUGAACCUGAGUUUGCAGCAAAUUAGGGGCCUCUGUUUUUACAACUUCUUUCUUCGUGUGCUGACAGAAUGCUUAUUGUAUGCAUGUACUCAUCAACACAGUGUUUACAGUGAAACAAAAAGAACUGCAACACAUUAUGUAGAUUACGUUAUGUAGAUGACAUUGUCUCUGACCCCCACCCUGGAUUGUGCUGUACAGAGUUAUGGCAUGGUUAUAAUCUGUGUUCUAUACUUCUAUACUGUGCUCUUAUGACAUGGUCAUAAUCUG